UGCGCGCGCGCGUGUGUGCGUGUAAUAUUUAACACAGCUCCCGCGCUUGCAUCAUCCUCUUCGUCCUUCUCAUCCUCAUCCUAGUCAUUCUGCAGCCAUGUCGGACUCGGAGGACAUGACGGAGUUCGCCAGCAUCGUGGAGCGCAUCGAGCGAGGCGAGGUUCCCAUCAAGAACAUCGAGCGGGAGCUGAUCUGCCCAAUUUGCAAGGAGCUCUUCACGCACCCGCUCAUCCUGCCCUGCCAGCACAGCGUGUGUCACAAAUGCGUCCGAGAGCUUCUCAUGCUUAACUAUGACGACUCCUUGGACGGUGGGUCCGAAUGCUCGUUGCCGGGCAGCCCCAGGUCCCGCGUACCCUCGCCGUCCAUGGAGAGGCUGGACAAGCUUGUGCGAUCAGCCACAGUGCGAAGGUCGCUCGGAAGUCGAGGUAGACGCGGCCUCCGGCUGUUGAGUAGCUGUAGUAGUCCUCGGAAAAGAAGCGGAAAUACUGAGAUAAAUCCAGCACUCCUCACUUCUCCUGUGCCCCAAAAACGCUCCAUCUCAUCCCCGGGUUGGCGCAGAGGAUCCGUGACACCCCGGGUCACCACCAUCGCGUGCCCAGGCUGCCAGCACGACAUCGACCUGGGCGAGCGCGGUAUCAGCAUGCUUUUCCGCAACUUCACUCUGGAGAGCAUCGUGGAGCGCUACCGGCAGGCCGCCCGCGCCGCCGUCGCCAUCAUGUGCAACAUCUGCAAGCCGCUGCAGCAGCAGGAAGCCACCAAGAGCUGCAUGGACUGCAAGGCCAGCUACUGUAACGAGUGCUUCAAGAUGCACCACCCCUGGGGCACGCCCAAGGCCCAGCACGAGUACGUGGGGCCCACCACCAACUUCAGGCCCAAGGUGCUGAUGUGUCCCGAGCACGAGAUGGAAAAGGUGAACAUGUACUGCGAGGUGUGCCGGCGGCCCGUGUGCCACCUGUGCAAGUUGGGAGGCACCCACGCCAACCACAAGGUCACGUCCAUGAGCAACGCCUACAAGAUUCUCAAGGAGAAGCUGGCCAAGAGUAUCCAUUACCUCAUCAGCAAAGAGGACCAAGUCAGGACUCAGAUUACUGGACUGGAGCAGCUCAUCAGUCAGACAGAGGAAAAUGGGCAGCUGGCAGAGCGUCAGGCCAACGAGCACUUUGACCGCCUGUUCGAGGCGCUGCACGAGAGAAAGACAGAGAUGCUCAAAUCCAUUGAGCAGUCUCGAAACAGACGCAUGGGACAGCUCAAAUCCCAGAUGGAGGAGUACCAGGGCAUGCUGGAGAACAGUGGCCUAGUAGGCUAUGCUCAGGAGGUACUCAAAGAGACCGACCAGUCCUGCUUUGUACAGACUGCUAAGCAGCUGCACGUCAGAAUCCAGAAGGCCACUGAGUCUCUAAGGACUUUCCACCCGUCAGCUGACCCCUGCUUCGAUGAGUUUGUGCUGGAGACGUCCAGAGAGGAGACCCUCCUCAAAGAGAUGUGCUUCGGCGGAGUUCCGGACCCCCCUAUGAUCGACCUGUCCAAGAGCAGAGUCUAUAACGAGGCCACCAUCUUCUGGAGGCUCUCUGAUGACCACAUACCCACAGACCAGCACCUGCUAGAGUACCGCAGAUUGAGCGGUCCGAGCCGGUCCCCGUCCCAAGAGGAUGUUGAGGAUGGCGUCUGGCAGGCGAUGGAGCGUGUGCACGGUCCCAGCAACGCCGUGUGCGGCCUGGACGCUGACAGCUUGUAUGCGUUCAGGGUGUGCACCUGCAGGAACUCCAUGUUCAGCCCUUACAGCCCCGAGGUCACGUUCCACACACCUCCUGCACCCGCAUUCGACUUCCUGUUCAGCGACAAGUGCGGCUUCAGCGCGGAGCGCCUGAUGCUCAGCAAGCGGCGGGACGCGGUGGAGAGCGUGGCCGGCGUGGCCUUCCUGCUCGCCGCGGAGCGUGUGCAGACGGGCGGCUAUGUCUGCCUGGACUACAUCAUAGGCGACACAGGCAUCUCUCAGGGAAGACACUACUGGGCCUUCAAGGUGGAGCUGCACUCCUACAUGGUCAAAGUGGGCGUGGUCUCGGAUACAAAGCUGCAGGAAUGGUUUCACAACACGAGAGACACCAGCAGCCCGAGGUACGACCACGACAGCGGUCACGACAGCGGCAGCGAAGACGCGUGCUACGACCUCUCGCAGCCCUUCACCCUCCUCACUGUGGGCAUGGGCAAGCUCUUCAUCCCCAAGGCGUCGCCCUCGUCUUCAGCCGCCGCCUCCUCGAGCGACCCGAGCAACCGCGUGUUGCCCAUGCCGCAGCGCUUGGGCGUGUGCCUGGAUUACGACGCCGGCCGCGUGUACUUCUACGACGCCGACAACAUGCGCUGCCUCUACGAGAGGCAAGUGGACUGCUCGGGGACCAUGUACCCGGCGUUCGGCCUCAUGGGUGGCGGGAAGAUACAGCUGGACGAGUUUGUCACUGCCAAGAGGCUUGCCUUCUGAGUGCAACUGGCCCCGUUCAGCCCUCUGUUUGCACCUUUUGGCAAGUUUACUUUGACAUAUGUGGAGGGAAGAUUAUUAUUAUUUUGUAAGUCCUUCAGACCUGUUGAGGCAGCUUCGAUCAGGUUAUUUGGUCCAAAUUGGGGAAACUCGAGCUGGUAUGGUUGCGAUGGAAACCAAUGACACUUUGGAAUGAGUUACAGUGAACAGGCUUAAUUAACUAGGGUCCUUUAGGCCUGUUGACACUCAUUCGAUUAGGGUCUUUGGUCCAAACUGUGAAACCCUACUUUCAACUAGGUUAUGCUCAACACAAAUAUGAAUGUUGAAUGAAUUAUGGCAAGCUCUACAAGUCCUCCGGGCUUGAUGAAGCAUAUUAGAUUGGGUUCUUUGGUCUAAAUUGUGAAGCCUGAGCUAGCAUGUUAUCAAUAUAAUGACCUUUUGGAUUAUAUAUUUUUACAAAAAAAUUUAAGAUAGUCAUCCAGGCCUGAUGAUGCGGAUUAGAUUAGGUGGGGUUUGUGUAAUAUGAGCUGCUGUGUUAUGUUCAACAAUUAUGACAUUUUGGUAUGACAUAAAGCAAACUGGUUUAAUAAAUGUAAAUCCUCCAGGCCCGUCGAGGCAGAUUAGAUGGAUCCAAACUGUGAAACCUGAGCUGGUAUGUUAUGACACAAAUUGAAUGAAUCACAGAGAGUGGGCUUUUUUUAAUUUGAGAAUUCUCCAGGCCCGUUGGGGUGGAUUUGAUCAGGGUCUUUGGUACAAACUGAAGUCCGAACGUGGUUUCUUAUUAACACGAAUGUGACACUUUGGUAUGACAUACAGCCAGCAGUUUUUUGUUUUUGUUUUGUUUUGUUUUGUCCCCCUCCUCGUCCUUCAGGCCCAUUUGAAUCAGAUUAGAUCAACUGUAAAACCUGAGCUGGUGGGUUAUGAUCAACACAAAUGACACUUUGACAUGUUUGGCCAACAGGUUUAUUUUGACCAGAGUCCUCCAGGCCCGUUGAGGUGGCUUCCAUCAGGGUCUUGCUGUGUAUCAUUUCUGAUCAACACUAACAUGACACAUCUUGUUACUGUCUGCGUACCGAGGCUGUGAAAUAUCGUACCAAAGUCUCUGGUUUUUGUUGAAUUAAGAUGCUAAUUUAGCCGGCAGCCAUUUUAAAUCUUGUUUUUAACAAACUUUUAUCGGGGUUGCCAGUUGUCUGUGUUCUUUAUGGUGAAUUUAUGUACAGUAUCUUUCUUGGGGGGGGGGCUGCUCUCGAGGUGUGACUAUUGAUCACGUGACUGGCUGUGUGUGACUAGCAGCAGAAUCUUUUUUGUGGACCUGAUGGGGUGAGCCUUCGUAGCAACUCUUUUAGUGCUAGUGCCUUGGUGCCUUUCAGUUCAUUUCAGUUUGCUUAACAAUCCCUUGACGUCGUUGCACAAUUGUUUUGGAACACUAUUUGUAUCACGCGCACUCGGGUCUGUUCAAUAAUGGUUGUCAAUGCUUUUUUUUUUUUUUUUUUUUUUAAAUAUAUAUCACAGGAAAAACACUACUUAAACACUACUACGGUGCACUUAAUAUUUUUUCUUGCGUCAUCACAGUUUCAUCACCACCAAGCACGUUAGUGUCCUUCACUUUGCAUCUGGAUGUCGCUCACUUGAGCGUCUGAAUGUGAACACUACACACAUCCCGCCUUCACUUGUGAAGAAAAAUCUGGUGCAACCAAGCAGCCUUUGAAACGCGUCGUUAGCUUCCUUCAAUGUCACGACCACAGUUUACACUGGGAAAAUUGGGUGUUGGGUAGCAACACGGACACUGUCACGGUUAGCUUUCAUUUCAGGAGGGUGUUACGGUACAACCGGUGCUUUGCCUAAAAAUAAGACCUACCUCCUGGCUGUCAAGCCUGGAAUUUUUUAAUUUUUGCAGAUCCACCAUUUUUUUUAAGUCACUUUCAAUGUGUUCGCCUUUAACAUGCCUUCUCUUUUGACGUCAGGUUAUACUGUAUAUAUAAGCUGUACACUGGAAACGUCCACUUGCGUAUCACACUAGAGAAGGGUUGUUUUCUGUAUGUGUUGUAAAUUAUGUUCUGACUACUGGAAAUUCACCCUCUUUAUUUGAACAAUAUUGGCAACUUUGUCCCCUUUUUUCCCUCUCCACAUUAUGUAUUCUUGGUUCCUCACAAAUUAAUAGAAUCAAGCUUCUUAGAUUUGAACUCUCGGUCUUACAUGGUUACAUUUUUAAAAAUGGUUUUCUUUAAUUCACAGAGGUUCCAAACUUGAUUUAAAAAAAAAAAAAAAAGAAACCUAUGCAUUUCAAGACUGAUGGGACAGCUUUCACUGGCGGAAUGUAACCAACAGCUGAAUGUCCUUGUUACCCUUUUUGUUUUUUUUGGUGUAAAAUCAAAUCAAUCACAAUUUAUAAACAAAAUUGCAGGCAGGCUAAUACAAAGCUAGCAUGCUGCAUGUCAGUAACAAUUGUAUGUAUCCUCCUAACUGAGUGCAAUACUAUUUAAAUGGAAAAACGGCUAGCUUUGCUUAGACUGACACUAAUUUGCACAGUUAGUAGUUAAUGUUGGGAUUUAAAUAUUAAAAAUGUCAAAUACGAACUUACUUUUUUUACACGUUUCCCUCUAAAGUUGCUGGAAGUGGUGGGUACAUGUAUGUGUGACGUAAAUGUGAGAAUUAUUCUUCUUUGCUGGACUCAUUUGUGUUAUGUGUGUGAAGACUUCAUUAAAUAAACUGUUUAAAAUAAAA